CUGCGGUAUAUAAGGACAGGACCUAGCUGAUCCUUACACAGUUCUCAAUACUCCAACAUACAACCAACAUGAUGUUCAAAGUGGCAAUCCUUCUCGCGGUGGUGGCGUUCGCCCACGGCGGCGUGAUCGCGCCCGUGGUGCCCGUGGUGCACCCGAUACACCCGGUGGUGACGCACGCGCACACCGCCGUGGUGCACCCCGCACCUGUGGUGCACGCUGUCCACGCGCCCGUGGUGCACGCCGCACCAAUUGUCCACGCACCCCUGGUGAAGGCUGUGCCUAUUGUGAAACACGCUCCUCUCAUUGCGGUUCACCAUUAAGUGAAGUCGUGAAUAAAUUUUUUACUUUU